ACGCACCCUUUCUCAUGUGGCGGUCUAUUUAAACGACAAACACGCACUUUCCCCUGGCAAUGUCACUGCUGAACUCCUACUAACUUCUGCAAACACGUUAGCCUACAUUUCACACUUGAUAGCAUUCUCUCAUGGUGCUCCAGAAAGGCUCCGCGGACGGUGCUGUCCGCCCAGCGGGCCCUGCUGCUGCCCCUGCCUCUGUUAUCACACUCACCCUCCGGGUCUUCCUCGUGUCAGCUCUCCGUCUCCGAAGAACACUCAACACAGAGGUCCGCGUCCUUUUGUCCAUGCUGCCCGCGUCUCCGCUUAGCUCAAGGCGACUCUUCGGGAUGUUCUCCGCCGAGGUGCAUGGUGUCACUGCUUCACAUCAACAACUUGCUGUGAACUUGUGUCCUCAGAAGAAGCUUUUGUUUCACUCCUGGUUCAAGUUCCUGCUCCUGCUUUGUCUGGUGCUCGUCAUCUUGUGUUACAGUCCGUCGAGCAGCUCUCUGUCAUGGAUGAAGAGCUUUCCACUUCGUGAGCACUACCAGAGGUUUUUCAAUCAGACCAAUCAGGUUAAUCUACCUCCUCCUUAUCGUGUCCAUCCGAAACACAGAGGUAAACCAAAUGAAAUCUAUGAACCCACAAAAUCCCCUACUGUACCUCCUACAGGUACUCAGUUUCAUCAAGCCCACCCACACAACUACCACUUUAUCAUGGAUAACGAAGAGGUGUGCAAGACCAAGACCCCUUUCUUGGUCCUGAUGGUUCCAGUGGCACCAACAAACGUGGCAGCUCGGGACGCCAUCCGGCAGACAUGGGGCAAUAACAGCCUGGUUCAGGGCGAGGUGGUGCUAACUCUGUUCAUGAUGGGCCUCUCUGGAGGAGCUGCUGUCGAGCAGCUGCAGGAGAAGCUCAAACAGGAGAAUCUACAGCACCAUGACUUGAUCCAGAGUGACUUCAUGGACUCUUACAUCAAUCUGACCAUCAAAACCAUGGUGAUCAUGGACUGGCUGGCCACACGCUGCCGGACAGCAGCAUACGCCAUGAAGAUUGAUUCGGACAUGUUUCUGAACAUUGACAAUCUAGUGAUGAUGCUACAGAAGCCAGGCAUCCCCAAGCUGAACUACCUGACAGGGAUGCUUAUGUGGAACAGGCCAGUCAUCCGUUCAAAGAACUCCAAGUGGUACGUCCCUGAGGAGAUGUACCCAGAUCCCCAAUACCCGACCUACGCUCUGGGCAUGGGAUAUGUCUUCUCCAACGAUCUUCCAGAGAAAUUUGUGGAGGUCUCAAAAUCCAUCAAACCCUUUAACAUAGAGGAUGCUUAUAUUGGAAUGUGCAUGAAGAAGCUAGGACUUGCGCUAACAUCACCCCCAAAUCCCUCCCAGUUCAAGGCCUAUAACACAAGAUAUGAUCGCUGUGAAUACUCCAAGAUCAUCACCUACAUUCUUGGCUCUUCAGAGGAGUUGGUAAAAUACUGGACAGACUUGAAGAAGCCUAAACCACCUUGUUAAGACAAUGACUAAUACAGAUGCAAUGAGAAAUCCCUCGGGUGAAAGGGAUUUGGUGGCAGGGAAUUGGAUAUUUAUGGAUUUCUGUACUGAUAUAGGAUUCCCAUGCCAUCCUCAUUUGAGAAAUAAGCAUUGUGAUCACCCAUGUGGAAAAGUGGCAGGGGUUCCUAAAAAAUGGCAUUAUAGAAAUGAAGAGAAGUCCUUUUAUGUACUUGUGUGGAUUUAAAAUUAAUUUAUCAUAAUGAAUUCUAAAGGGAAUUUUUUGUCAUCCUGACAGUGGAAAUGCGAAUGAGUUAAAUUAAAACUGUGCUGAGGAGCUUUUGACCGCUAAUGGUGUUGUCAAGCGAUGUAUUGUUUGUAUUUUGGUUGUACCUAUAGGUUUA